AUGUUGAAAUGUUCGCCCGUCGUACGCGCAUUCGUGCGCCCACGACGGCAAAUCACUCACUUUUCACGUAUUCAACGCGCUUCAUUUCAAUUUUCACGAUGCUACACCAAGAGCGCAGCUGAUGGCUCACCAGGCUCCAAACUGCACUACCCCAAUCCCCCAACUACAAAUCACUCGGAUCUCGAUUCCUUCAUAGCCUACGCCCGUCGAAAAGGCCUGGACGCAAAUUCCACCGUCUAUGUCGGCACCCACUACGAGUACAAAGUAUCCAGCACCCUCGCCAAAUACGGCUUCUUCUUGAAGCGGAUAGGCGGCUCGUCAGACUAUGGCACGGAUUUAGUAGGGACGUGGACGCUUCCAUGGUCGUCUCCUUCAGCACCAUUUAGAGUCCUCGUGCAGUGCAAAGCUGGUACUCAGCGCGUCGGGCCACAACAUAUUCGUGAACUAGAAGGCGCCUUUGUCGGCGCGCCUGUUGGAUGGAGAGGCACGGGAGUGUUGGGCCUGCUCGCAAGUGAGCGGGCUGCGACCAAGGGGGUCCGCGAUUCGUUGGGGAGAAGCAAGUGGCCAAUGGUGUACAUGUGCUGCUCGAAAGAGGGCAUCGUGUCGCAGAUGAUAUGGAAUCAGUGCGCCGAGGAGCUGGGUCUUGAUGGAUAUAGCGUCUCUGUGAGGCGUGGUGACGACAAGGAUGAGUUGGUGUUGAUGCGUAAUGGCGCUGUGAUACCUUUGUUGGAGGAGAAGUGA